UUCGGAUUCGGUCUCAGCUACACAACUUUUGAGCUGGAACCAGAGCUCUCAGUCAAGGCCUUGACAGCAAAGAUGACCCCUUUGGCUCGCACUGGCAAUGAGUCCUCCGUACCCCUGAGCGACCUCUUCAUCCCCGUGGCGAACGCAACAAUCCGAGUGACUAACACCGGUGAUCGAAGCGGCGCAACCGUUUUUCAGCUCUACAUGUCACUUCCCACUGAUUCAGCUCCCUCUGGUACGCCUAUCAAGGUCCUUCGAGGUUUCUCAAAGGUUGAGCUGGGCCCAGGCGAGACCCGCCAGGUUGCUUUCGAAUUGAACCACCGAGACUUCAGCUACUGGGACACUGAUAUUCAGACUUGA